AUGCCCGUGCUGGCGAUGGUUCUUUAUCUCGUUGCCUGGAAUCCGACGCCUCCAAAGGUGCACGGCUUGCACCAACACACAAAGUGCUCCAUGCUCGCCGCCGACGAGAGCGACGAGGCGGUCACGCCCUCGACGACGACCGAUUGGCGCGUGGAGCGGGCUCGGCUGACUCGCCAGCACUCACAGGCUGUGCUUCGUCGGCCGCGUAGAUUUCUGCCGUGCUCGGCAGCCAGCGAAUGGGCUCAGCAGUUGGGAUUGUCGACGCGGGAGGAGUGGGACGACUGGCUUGAGCUUGGGGAGGGAUGGUCCAGCUACGUGCCGAGGGACCCCGAGUCGCACUACACAAAGCUUGGCCAGUGGCUCGGCUGGCGCGCAUGGCUAACGGGCGAGGCUUAG